AUGCUCAAAGAGCAUGUCACAAUCCAGAAUGAAGGAUCUUUGGACCAGGAAUUAGUCCUUCCGAGACCUGAGCAUAAUGAGCUGCAGAAUGUUCCAAUCCACGACCAUCCACGCUCAGCGGCGGAUCCCAGCUCAUCGCAGGGAGAGAUUGACUAUCUCCACCUCACCUUCGAAUCAGACAUCCCUCUGACUCCGGCAUUUCCAGCGGGUUUGCAACGUGAUUAUCCACCACCUCCAGAUCUACGUCACUAUGACAAUCCAUUUUCGUGGUCCAGAACGAGGAAGAACUGGAUGACAUGGCUUUCAUGCUCGGCAAACAUCGCAGCGGCCUAUUCAGCGGGCUCUUAUGCUGCGCCCGCUUUCCAGUUGACGGAGAAAUGGGGCGUAUCAGAAGUGGCAUAUAACGUCGGUAUCACCAUCUUCACCUGCGGAUUUGGGUUUGCCCCGAUGGUCCUGGCCCCCUUCUCAGAAAUCAACGGAAGAAGACCGGUGUUUAUCGCGACUGGUGCACUCUUUGUCAUAUGUCAGGUGUGCUGUGCUGUAACCGAAUCCUAUGGCGGCAUGCUUGCUGCUCGCUUCUUUCUUGGCGUUGGAGGCUCGACCUUUUCAACCAUGGUCGGAGGCAUCCUCGCGGACGUGUGGAUCACGGCUGAGAGAAAUACUCCUAUGGUCCUCUUCACUGGAGCCACGCUACUUGGCCUUGGGCCACUGGUGAGUGGCUUUGUCGCCCAAAAUCUGUCCUGGCGAUGGGUGUUCUGGAUCCAAGUCAUGACAAGCGGCGCUCUAGUAUCUCUUGUCAUAAUUUUCUUCAGAGAAACUCGGGGAACCAUCAUCCUAAGUCGAAAGGCCAGGAUCCUCAAUAAGUGGUACGAGGAGUUAGAACGGGCUGGUGCCACAGGUCUGGUACUUGACUGCGUCGGUCGAGACAAAGACCGCCGAACAACGCGCCGCAUCAGAUGGAGAGUCAAGGCCGAUGAAGAACGGUCCUCCAUAGGUCGCAUGAUCGCCACAUCCCUGUAUCGACCGAUUCACAUGCUCUUUACCGAACCUGUGGUAUUCUUCUUCAGCUUGUGGGUCGGCUUCUCUUGGGCCAUCCUCUACUUGCAAUUCGGCUCCAUCCCAUUAGUGUACGAGGUCAACCAUGGGUUCUCCCUAGAACAAACCGGCGCUGUAUUCACUUCCAUCUGUAUCGGUGGCAUUUUCUCGACGAUUCUCUCCAUCCAUCAGGAAAACUACGCCGUCAAACGCAAUCCUGUGAAAUUCAACGGCUCCCCUGAAGGUCGACUUGCGUUCGCCUGUGUCGAGUCGGCUCUGAUGCCUAUUGGGAUCUUCUGGUUCGGCUUCACAUGCUACCCAUCGAUCCACUGGAUAGUUCCGACGAUAGGCAUUAUGAUAUCGACCAUGGGCAUAUUCAGCAUCUUUCUCGCCACAUUCAACUAUACUGCGGACGUCUACCAGAUUUACGCCAGCUCGGCUCUCGCCGCUUCGGGGCUAUGUCGAAACCUCCUGGGCGGCUCAUUCCCCCUCGUUACGAAACAAAUGUUUCUCAACCUGGGGUUUCAGGGAGCCAGCGGUUUGCUAGGUGGCAUCGCUGCUUUGUUGACGCUUGUGCCCUGGGUUCUCUACUUCAACGGGCCGAAGAUCAGGGCAAGGAGUAGAAUUGCAAGUGCCUUCACGUGA